AUGAGAAUCGGUUGUUUGCAAUUUGCGCCCCAGGUGGGAGACGUCGACAACAAUCUGAACCGAGCGGAUGCCGUAUUAUCAAGAGCGAAUCCUGAUGACCUAGACGUCUUGGUUCUCCCCGAGCUGGCCUUCUCUGGGUACAACUUCAAAUCUCUGCAGGAUAUUACUCCUUUUCUUGAACCCUCUGGCUCUGGAAUUACGUCUCUCUGGGCCAGGACAAUCGCUCUCAAGUAUAAUUGUACCGUCACUGUUGGAUACCCCGAAAAAGUCGAUGUUUCGCCAAAAUGGCCUACUGGUCCCGAAUACUAUAACUCGGUUAUCGUUGUUAAUGCCGAUGGCGAGACAAUAGCAAACUACCGGAAGUCAUUUCUUUACCAGACUGAUGAGACAUGGGCAUUGGAAGGAGGUCAAGGAUUCUACGAGGGCUUCAUUCCUGGAUUAGGGAACACCUCGAUAGGAAUCUGUAACCCUUAUAAGUUCGAAGCCCCAUGGAGUGAUUUUGAGUUCGCACACCAUGUCCUUGAAGUUGACUCAAAUCUCGUCAUCGUUAGCAUGGCCUGGAUGACCAGAGAAGACCCGCGACGUUUCACACGCAUGCCUAAUGAACCCGAUAUGGAAACACUGACCUAUUGGGUCACUCGACUUGAACCCCUUAUUCGCGCCGAAUCUCAAGAAGAAAUCAUCGUCAUCUUCUGCAAUCGAUGUGGAAACGAAGAUGAAGUUCUUUACGCCGGAACAAGUGCAGUCGUCGGAAUUCAUGACGGCGAAGUCAAAGUCUACGGCCUUUUGGGACGAGGCGAAAAGGAACUUCUUGUCGUCGACACGAACAACUCGCCCUACGCUAAACUCGUAUAUCGACCAGAUGCUGGAGGUUCCGUUAUGGAGGCAGCAGGCCGCCUUGAGAAAACAGGCAGCAGUAGUGGUACCCCGACAAACAUUACUAGCAACAUAUCCAUCGAAGGGCAACGUGGCAAUCUCAACUUUGGAUCGUCCAAGGAAAGAGAGAGGCACCAAUCACCCGAAGCGUCACUGUCACAACUUUCACAACUCCCUGAAGACUUAGCCCAAAAUCGCCCGAGAGGAACGUCCAGAAAGCGACAUCCGCCAGCAAAUAUCACUAUCCCAAGGGAGCCCGGUCUAGUCAAGUCCAACUCAGCGCGGUCACCUGGGGCAGAUAGUCUUAACGUUCCCACACCAUCGGCUCCUAGCCCAACACCCAUGUCUCUUAGACCGCGCCUGAUUAUUCCCGAAUCUCCUCCCAUUCUACCACACCAAUAUCCUCCCGAUAUCCCUAUCAGCGCUGCGUCCCUGAGAUCAGAGAGAUCGAUCCGGUCAAUGAAGUCUAAUCAUUCCGAAGCAUCUACUAUGACUGUUCGCACGAAUCCCCGGCCUCCUGAGGAGAGCACACCUUACCCGGACAGUGGUGCCCCUCUAAGUGGCUACCCGGAGAAUUUCUUCCCUUCUGAGAAGAUGAUAUAUGGAGGCGAUGUUAGGAUCCAUAGCGCGGGACCCUUCAGCCCCAAUACCCCAUUCGAAGAUUUCUCUCCCGUGUCACCUGAGCAGAUCUAUUGGCCGCGCAAUGAUAACUUGAUGCGAACCCCGUUGGGUGUUGGUGGAUGGGCUUCUGGGACACCCAUUGGGAGAAAGCCUGAGCCAUUCCCUUGGCCAGCUAUCACAGGGAAUCCGCUUACCCCAAAUCGGAGUGCUGCGAGAGGCCAGGCAAAGGACAGCGCGACUCCCAAAGAUCUUCGCCAUCACAACUCACAAUCACCGCAGUCCAACUCUUCAUCGAAUCGGCCUGCUAGGACCGAGGAGUCAGGACGAUCAGCAUCUGUCAACUCCAAGGGAGUGGCCCAGCCACUGCGUCCAAAAGAGCCAAUACAGCCAACAGAACCAGACAAUCAAUCUAUGGCACGACCAUCCUCUCCCAAAUCCAGAAACGCUAGCCGUUCAGGAAUGCGCGAACGGUCCGGAUCGUCUCUGGAAAAUCGAGAAAGUGAUGCCGCGAUUUCAUUACAUCUAGAAGGCAUUUCAUUCCGGGCGGAAUCCGCGAGCAGAAUGCGAGCAGAAAGUGCCAGCCGUACCCCUGUAGGAGAUCGAGUUCAGCCUUCUGAGUCUAGAAACUGCAGCCGUCCUAGGAUCACCGAUACGCCGGACCAUCAACAAGAGAAACAUAUGAUUCGGAUUGUUGCAAGCCCAAGUAUACUUCAGGAUGAGCAGAGAACGCGAUAUCAGUCCUUGUCAAGAGUAACACAUCACCAGCGCCGUAACUCUUCUGUGGUAAAUAGAGCAUUCUCACCCAGUCAUGACCGCACUGGUACACCAGAGUCAGCAAUGAACAAGACGUGCCCUGCCUCACGCGCUGCCAGUCGAGGCCGUACACCUGGACCAAAAUUUGAAUCCACCAACGGGGUUCUGAGCUCGGUCCUUUCGACCACCGAGCGAGCCUCGUCAGCUGACUCGACCCGUAAUGAUAGACUUCAUAGUCGAAUUCAUCAACACGGAUCGAGCAGUCGACAGUCUCGAGCUGACAGAACAUCGUCUACUCAAACUGGACGGCGUCGAUCUAGCGUGGCUGUCCCUAUAGAGUUUGAACGAGUCGAAGAAAUUCGUUGCCCCAACUGCCCCGUCCAUAGCCGACGGUCUACGUCUGUUGGAGCUGUAACUGAUGCCACUCGUCUGCAUGCUUCGCAAUCACCUCCGAAGUCAUCACCAGCACAAAGACCUGCCUCUAGUGCCGGUAUAUCACAUUAUCUGCAGCCUGAAGGAGUUCUGCACCGACGAGCUUCUUCAGGACACAUGACCCAGCUCAUCGCCGAGGAGCCUCUGGAUCGUCUGACAGAUAACGCGCCAUCAUCUUCACAGAACGAAGCUGCUGAAGCCAGUGAUUGCGGAUCAUUUGCAGAGACCCUCCAGACUGUUUCUACUCCUGGGCGGUCUCCUGCCACGCCAAGUUUUAACCCUUCUACACCAAAGGCAAUGGUGCUUAAUACAAAUGAUCUAGAAGUUGAACCACUCUUCGGUGGAAACCUGGAUGGCUCUGAAAAAACGCCCACGUCCCGCUGCGCCGAAACGGACGCUAUGAGUAUCUACGGUGUCCCUACCAGCACUGCUGCAUAA